CAAAACCAUCAAGGGGAGGAAAUGGUAAAGGUGACCCAUUUAAGCUUAUACACACUUAAAUUUCCAGAUAAGACUUACACUCCGAUCAGAAUUAGUGCUGGGAUAUAUCUAUUCUUCCUAUGCGUGAACUUCAUAGUGCUGAUCCUGGACAUAAUAUCUAUCAUAAAAGGACUGGAGUACUACCAUGUCAUCACGUUCUUUAUACAAAUAUUUUACUACGUUUGCACUAUUGCUUAUGUGUUAUUCCCAAAAACGCUAAUGGGGAAAUCUUAUUUGACUAUCGUAAUAAUCAGCAUAAUAACCAUCCUAUCGCCAGUGGCCACGGUGGUGUUCAUUAUAGUUACAGUAGGAAGGGGCGAGAACCAUGAAUAUAAGCUUUUCUGGUUUUCGCAUUAUAUGAACUCCCAUGACCUUCUGGUACCGAUAAUUAUCCUCUUCUGAAUUCCCUUGUUUCUGAUAAUCUCUGUUGUAGUCGUGUUCAUCUGCAGAGUCCGGAUGGCUAGGAAGAUCAACAGAGGAGAGAUCACUCCUGAAGAGAGUGAUGAUGAGCAACCAAUAGCUGCUGGGGAUACCAGAGAGAAAAAGCCUCAAGAAAUAACCCCAGAUUCUUCCUCAGCAGGGAGCUUGGUUUGUCUUCCUCAGUCUACUUUCGGUCAGACCAAAUAUUUACGGUAUAAUGGUGGAUACCAAAAGUGGGAAGAUGAUGAGUAAAAUAAUAACUCAAAGAGGCUCAUACCACUAUUAGUAUUUAAAUUCAUAAAUUUU